AUGCAAGGAGUGGAAGGCGGCUUCCACGAGAUCAACUCGUCGUACCCCGGGCUGCAGCUUGUGAGGAGGCAGCCGCACAUCUUCCUGGUGCACGACUUCUUCACCGCGAGCGAGUGCCGGCGUCUGAUCGGCAAAGCCCUUGCCAGCGGCAGCAUGGUGCCAGCAGGCGUCUUUGGGCCCACUGGCCAGCAGUCGCCCAGCCGCACCAGCUCUCAGUGCCUCUGCCCGCAGGCGGAGGUCCCCACGCUGCUGCGGAAGGUCACGGAUCUGCUGGCGUGCGUGCCCCGGAACCUGGAGGCCUUCCAGAUCAUUCGCUACCAGGAGGGCGAGUUCUUCAAAGCCCAUGGCGACUUCAGCACCAACGGGACCAGGUCCAGCGCGGGCUUUAUUGACUGCUCCCGCUUGGCCACGCUCUUCGUUUACUUGAACGAUGUUGCCAGAGGUGGGGAGACGGAGUUCCCGAACAGCCAGCCGCCGCUGAGGAUCACUCCAAAGAGAGGCCUUGCAGUGGUGCACUUUCCGGCCAGCAAGGCCCACAUCUCCGAUGCGAAGCGCACGCGGCACCAAAGCCUGGCUGCGGUGGAGGAGAAGUGGCUGCUGGCGACCUGGCUUUGGAGCGGCCCGCGGAGCGAGGACCGCCGGAAGUUGGAGGAGCUGGGCCGGGGCUUCAGCCACGCCUGGCCCGAGGCCUACGAGCCCCUGAACUCCGACCUCAUUUGA